AUGGAAACAGGUAUUGAGUUUGUGAAUAAAGGAGUGACUGCAGUGGACCUGCUCUCAUUCGCCAGAGAGCUGGAGGCCCAGACAGACCUGAUGCCCCGAGGCUCUCUGCAGACCGCUCUGAAAGGCCACAUCGGCACUCUGCGACAGAUCCACAGUCAACAGAUCACCCCCAUGGAGCAGGCCAUGAGUGCAUUGAACCAGAGUAUGAGGUUCCUGGAGAGAACAGCCUCAGAUCUGCCAAACAAAGUCUUGGCGGUUCUCGAUGCCAUUGAAGCUGCCCAGUAUCUCAUCUCCCAGAAUGCUACACAUUUAAUCAAUCGGGAAACAGGAAAAUACACUGCGACCAUAGUUGGCUACUUCCAUCAAUACAUAGAAUGGGUCAAAACAUCUCUGGCUAUGGAGGUUGCACCAUGCAAGCCCUUCAGCAACAUGGUGGACACGGCGGAAAUCAUAGCUUGCAGUUUCUUGGUCGACUCUAUGAACACUUUCUGGAUGGGCCUGGGCUGCAGCACUCUCUUCCUGCUCCCCAGCAUCAUCCUGGCAGUGAAACUGGCCAAGUACUACCGCAGGAUGGAAACAGAGGAUGUUUACGAUGAGUGA